AUGGCGGACGGUCGCGUUCUGACUAGCUCUGUCAGUUGCCUUCAAAACAAUCUUUAUAACUGGGACUUGACCGAAAUACUUCGCUACAAAGAAGCGAAUAGCUUUACUUAUGUUGGCAAUCGAAUUAAAUGGAUAGAUACUUUUGACAUGUUGAAAAUAUUUACGAAAAAUGCCAUUG